CGCUAUCCACCCCCGCUCUAGCGUUGGGCCUUUAUUAUAACAAUUGGUAUCGGAGCCAUACUCUGUGAAAGACAUAACCGUUUGAGAGAAACGAUCAAUGGCUUCUACUCAAAUCUCAUACGCAGGUUUAGGUGAAGGGCAAUCCACCACGAGGCCUCCGUUGUUUGACGGAAUGAACUACACCUACUGGAAGGAGAGGAUGAGGAUUUACAUCCAAUCCACCAACUUUCUCCUGUGGAGGAUUAUCAAAAAUGGCGAAGAUGUGCCCAUGAAGAAGGUCGGGGAAACCAACGUCCCUAAGAGCGAGAAUGAGUACGAUGCGCAAGACAUCAAGAAAGUGGAGAACAAUGCAAAGGCCAUCAACAUCAUCUAUUGUGCCGUAAACCCGGAUGACUACCCGAAGAUUUCUUGUUGUUCCACCACCAAGGAAAUGUGGGACAAACUAGAAAUCACCUAUGAAGGUACGGAUCAAGUCCGAGAAGCUAAAAUCAAUUUUCUAACCCAUGAAUAUGAAUUAUUUCGUAUGAAGGAGAAUGAGAAAAUCGAUGAGAUGUUUGAACGAUUCUCCAAAAUCGUCAAUGAUCUCCAUGCUCUCAAGAAGACGUACACGGACAAGGAGCUUCUAAGAAAAAUCCUGCAAAGUCUCACACCGGAAUGGCGCUCCAAAGCCGAUGCCAUCCAAAAGUCCAUCGGCGUCACCAACGUCACCAUCGACGGGCUUAGAGGUAACCUCAAAACAUAUGAGUGUACCAUCCUUCUCCCCUCUUUAGGUGAACAAAAGAAGAAGUGGAUUGCACUCAAGGCUUCCUCAAGCCAAGAACCCGCCAGGGAGGAAUCAAGCGAUGAAGACAACGAGUUCGGGCUCGUUAUCAAGAAAUUCCACAAGUUCAUGCAUAAGGAUUAUGAACGAAAGGGCAAGAAGCAUGGAGGGCACCUAAAUACAAUAGGAGGUCCACCAAAGUGCUAUGGGUGUGGAGAACCGUUCAAGAACGAGAAGGAGAAGAAGCCGUUCAAGAAGCACCGAGCUUACAUCUCUUGGGGAGGUGAUUCCGGCGACGAGUCAUCGGAAGGCGAAGAAAAUGAAAGAGCCAAUCUUUGUCUCAUGGAACACGAGGAACCACCGGAAGAGGAGUCUCCUCAUGUUGUUUUUGUAGAAAAUGAUACUCGCUUGGCAAGAAAGGUUUCUUGUGAUGAUCUUGUAGAUUCGUUGGAGAACAUCUAUCUCAACGACAAUGACGAAGGAAACAAUUCAAAGGAAGGUCAAGACGAAGAAGUAGAGCCACCUAUGAACGAGGAACAACCACAAGAGGAAGAGACACCAAUGCCAAGGGCAUGGAGAACCUCAAACGACCAUCCUCUUGACAAGCUGUUGCAACCUGGUGGGCUGAGCAAAGGUCAGAAACACAUGCUUCGUGCAGAGCAAGAAGAAGGUGUAAUAGGCCUGGUGAAGACACAAACCGAGUUUGCUGUCAGAUCUCUUAUUAGCUUUCAACGAUCACAAAUUAUGGGAGACAUGGAGGAAGGAGCCAGUGUUUCCAGGCCACCCCUGCUGCGUGGUCACAACUACAACUUCUGGAAAGGGCGUAUGAGGGCAUUCUUGAAAUCACAAGGAGGAGGAGUAUGGAGAACUGUGGAAACAGGUUGGACAGAACCAGUCAAACACUCGGAUGAUCUGUCUACGACAACUGUCAAGAAAUUUGAAGACUAUAGCAGAACUGAAGUCCUUGCUGCUGAGAAUAAUGACAAAGCUUUAAAUGCUAUUUUUGGUGCAGUUGAUGCCACAGAAUAUCGUCUCAUCUCAAACUGUGUUAGCGCAAAGGAAGCAUGGGAUAUUCUUGAAGUCACACAUGAAGGUGAUGAGAAGGUCAAAACUGCAAAGUAUCAGAUUCUCAUGACACAAUAUGAAAAUCUGCGAAUGGAUGAGCAAGAAACUAUUGUAGAAUUCCAUGGAAGAGUCCGCGACCUUGCAAAUCAAGCAGCUAGAUUACAGGAGCCAUUUCCAGAAUCAAAACUUGUUCUAAAGACUGAGUGUGCAAACAACCUUAAAAAGAAGAGACAAGCAUUUUCAAUAACCUGGAGUGAUGAUGAUACUGACGAAGAUCAGGGUUGUGAGGAAAGCAACUGUGCUUUUAUCUCACAGUCAGAGUCAGAUGAUCUAGUUGAACAACAUAUGGAUCUUCAAGAAAAGUGGACUGAACUGCUUAUGGUUAACAGAAGAAAUAUAGCAGAAAAGAAUCAGCUGGCAUGUGAUCUAAAGAUUUUGAAGCAGAAUUUAGAGAAAGCAGAAACAAAUAAUGCAGAUCUAAAAUUUGAACUGCAAAAGCUCAAGGAUUACAUUAAGUGGAUGAAGAUAGCCGGAGUUGAAGUACUGGAUGCACAGGAGAUGAUGUUCAAAGCACCAGGAGAUAGACAAGGAAUUGGAUGUGAUAGCCACACCAAAACAAAUGAUCCACUCAAAGAAGACAGUGUGACAUUAGCAAAGAACAUGAGAAACAGCUAUCACUCAGCAGUAAAACCAAUCAAGAGCUACAAUAUCAAGCGUCAUAGAAGAAACUCUUUGACUUAUCAAAACUACAGAUGUUACUACUGCAGAAGAUGGGGGCACAUUAAGAGGACAUGCCAGAGGCUCAAAAAUAAAAGAACAAGAAUUCAGAAGAUCAAGCAGAUUUGGGUUCCAAAGAAAAGAGUCAUGGUAGCAAAUUCAUGUCUCAGAGUCACUCCUGAUCAGUGGUUACUAGACAGUGGAUGUUCUCAUCAUUUGACUGGUGUCAGUCAGAAUCUUGCUAACAUCAACUCAAUUGAGGGAGGAAAUGUUAGAUUUGGUGGUGGAGCACAAGGUAAAAUCAUUGGGUGUGGAAUACUAAAUGUUUCAGGACUUCCACCAAUCAAGAACGUAUGGCUUGUACAAGGACUUCAGGUAAAUCUACUGAGCAUCAGCCAGAUAUGUGACCAAGGGCUGGAGGUCACAUUUACUCAGCAAAAGUGUCGCGUGAAAGACAAAAACAAACUGGUGGUAUUAGAAGGUGACAGAACAACUGACAACUGUUACAAAGUCACUCCAAAUGUUCUGUGUUUUCCUGCAAGCAAACGGGAUGCAAGGCUAUGGCACUACAGGCUUGGUCAUCUAAAUUUUAAAGAUCUCACAACCCUCUCAAACUCUGAUGCAGUUCGAGGAUUGCCUAAAAUAAAGAGACUGGAAGGUGAAGUAUGUGGUCCAUGUCCGAAAGGGAAGCAAACACGAGCAAGCCAUCCUAAGAAGAGAUGGACCGGAAAAAGUCCACCAAAGAAGAAGAAGAAGAUAUUCAAAAAGCCCUCCUGGACAAAGCUUUUCGCCAUGCCUAGCACAUCGUCAAGCACUCAUACACCCAUCAACGAAGAAAGGGAACAUGCACCCGAUGAACUCCCUACUGAAGAGGAUGUGCUGAAGAACCCCAUUCUUCAGUCAACAGAGGUUCCUCUCUUGAAAUACAUCCCAUCAACCCUACCAGACAACGAGAGUUCUCAGAACCCUAGCCAAGAAUCAAAAAGAGGGAUGUCUAUGGAAGAUGAAGAAUCAGUAAAGGGGGUGUCUGAGCCUGAGUUUGUGGGUGAAAUACUUGAAGAAGAACCCCUAAUUGCAUGUUCAAACGUUCCAUUUCAAGAUCCAGAUUCAAAAUUCAAAGGAAGAAAAGAGAGGAAGAAAAACCUAUCUGGUCCAAGCCGAUGGUCACUGCGGAAAAUGAAAGACUCACCAGUUCCUGAUGACAAGUCUGAAGAAGAAAGGAAGGAACAGAAGAAUGUGUCCACUACAAAGGCAAAGAAAAGGAAAGGACAGGAUGCUGCUACUACGCCUACCAAGAAGGCCAAACCAUCUGGAGAAGCACAGACAAGCGGAGCAAGAAAGACAAGAAGCUCCUCUACAUCAAAGGUUGUUGAACCUGCUACACUCUCAGGAAAGUCAUCUUUGCACAAUUUCAUCUCAAUUUCUGCUAGAUCUCAUUUCACUGAUAUUGCAAAGAAAUUUAUCAUUCCUCAAAGGAACUUGGAUAUAAGUGAUUUUAAAAAGAAAACCAACCUCCUGCCUGUUCUUGAGUCCAACAACUUGUUCAAAUCUGUCACCUUGCCUGGAUCUUAUGUCAAGAAAGUGAUUCAAGAAUUUUUCUGCAACUUAUCUGAUGCUUGUAUGACCGAUGAUGACCCCUCAUUUCACAAAGUCUUUGUCAGAGGAAAAUUCUAUAAUUUUUCUCCAACUGUCAUCAACACACUUCUGGGUACAACCUCUUGUUCUGUGGUUUCCCCCAUUGAUGAAGACACCAUAUGGCAUGAUCUUACAAAUGAUUUGGUUGCAUCUAAUGCCGGACUCAAAGCUCAAGUUGAGUAUUUGGCCAAACAAGUGGCUCAACUUAGCAAGUUGAAAAUGAGCAUGGUCCAAACUCCAGAGGAAAGCGAAGAUGAGCAAGAAGAGGACGUCCAAUCCGAAGUUCCUUCUCCCACCAUGAGGAGAUCCAACCAAGAGAAGUCUUCCUCUAACUUCAAGGUUGAAAUACCAACCUUCGAUGGAAAAGAUGACCCGAAUGAUUUCAUUGAAUGGUUAGAGACAAUUGAACGCGUCUUUGACUAUACUGAAGUGCCGGAGGACAAGAAGGUCAAGCUUGUGGCCUUAAAAUUCAGAGGCUACGCGUCUACAUGGUGGACUAACACUACCACUAAGCGCAAAAAAGAUGGCAAGGUUUCUGUUAAAACAUGGACCAAGAUGAGGACUUUAUUGAAGAAGAAAUUCACUCCCACCCAUUAUAUAAGGGAAAACUUUGCUAGGCUUCAACACCUAAGGCAAGGAAAUUGGUCCGUCGAAGAAUACAACCGAGAGUUUGAAGAACUCUUGAUGCGGUGUGAUCUCCAAGAGAAUUACUCGCAAACCUUUGUGAUAUAUCUCUUUGGCCUAAACACCCAAAUCGCCAACACCGUGGAGCUGCAAACCUUUGAGAACUUUGAAGAGUUAACCAAGUUAGCACUUAAAGUGGAAGCCCAACUCAAGAAGGGUAAAUCUUCUUUGAGCCGUGGUAAUUCUUCCUACCCAAGACAUCAAAUUCCACCACCCUGCUACCCAAAACCCCACAGUAUCUUCCCCUGAAAGUCCUAAAAUAGUGCAUCCUAUUUCCUCACCAAGUGCUCCUCCUCUGUCAAAACUGAGCUCAUCAAAUAGCCGAAUACAAAAAUGUUUUCGUU